AUCACCGUAGCUGCUAUUACAGUUAAUAAAGCUAUGAGAUCUCAGCUACACAGAGUUAAACUACAGCAGAGCGAACACUAAGAGAAAAAAGGCCAGAAUUCCCACCACUGGUCAUUUUAAUUAAAAUACAGAAUAGUUAAAUGACCAGAUUAUAUAACAAAGCAUGGUUACAACUACCAAUAAGAUUUGACAAUAAUACAGGGUAAUGAAUGAUUAAUAAUGAGUUCUUUAAUGGUUAUUGAUUCGGUCAUAAACACUGUACAAAUAAAUAAAAAUGUCAGCAGUGAACUGAAGCUGUGGCUAACUGGUGACCAUUUUCUAUGUAUUAGUUUGUGUUUUUCUAAAGUCAGCAUUUUUAAUGUCAUCAAACAUUCAUAUUUAUCAAACAAAAGGUCACUACUGUCAUUUUUCCUGAAGUAAUACUACUUAUUUUUACAAAGUAUAUGACCUAAGUAAAGUGUUGCCCUUCAUGAAAUUAAAAUUCUAAACUUAAAUCAUCAACAAAGCAAUUCAUAUAGUCUAGUAGACCUGGAGGGUAUUUAAAAUGCUUUAAGCUUUACCAUCUGAUUCAUGUCCAUGUCCCUGUGACCCGUGAAGACAUUUUGGACAGUAUGGGUUUAUUCUUUUUUUGUAGGUUUGCAUAAACAGCUUCUACAAGCUUCUACUACUGCUUUGUCAGUAAGAAUAUAGAAUAGCAUCUAAUGACAAUGAUUCAUUAAUGCUGACAAUCUGUGAACAGGUGUGUUGAAGACAGGAUGAGGCAUUGUAAAAAGGGCAAACAUUUACUAGAUGGUUCUGAAAAAGAUUUCUAUUUGAGGUCUGCAAACUCCUCCAGUGCGGCGAGAGUGGACACAGUGUAUGGACACAUAAUCCAUAUUCCCUCAGAAGCUGUCCUGAAAAGCACACUGUCAGACAGUGAUCAAGAAGUGUACUUGAUCGUAUCUGUUCUCAACAGCAGCCUUUUUGAGGCUACUUCAGACAAAGGAUCUCCUCAUGAGCAGGUCUUAGGAGUGUGGCUUGGCGAUCAGGUCAUCCACAACCUCUUUCAUCCAGUUAGGAUAGAGUUUGUAAAUGUCAGUCAGAAUGAGAGCAGAAAAUGUGUCUUCUGGAAGAUGUCACACAAUAGCGAGCAAGGUAGUUGGAGCACAGACGGCUGUAACACCAUCCACAACAACACAGACAUUGUCUGUGAAUGCAAUCACCUCAGUUUCUUUGCAGUGCUUGUUAGUCCUGAUGCGCCAGAUCCUGUUAAUAUUCAUCGUCUUGAGUAUAUCACAUACAUUGGGUCAUGCCUUUCUGUGGUAUUCACACUCAUCGCCCUCAUGCUGUCUCUAUGCCACAGGCAGGUAAAGGCAGAUCACUCGGUCAUCAUUCACAUGCAGCUGACAGGCUCACUGUUCCUCCUGCACUUCUUCUUCUUGGCUAGUUCCUUUUGGUCCAAAGCUGAGGGGGCAGCUUGCCUAUCCCUGGGACUCUUAUUGCACUGGGCCCUGUUGGGCACGUUAACCUGGACAGCUAUUGAAGGCUUCCAUCUGUAUCUUCUAUUGGUGCAGGUCUUCAACAUCUAUGUCAGGAGAUACACACUCAAACUAAGCCUGUUAGGCUGGGGAGUUCCUACAAUUACUGUGAUGAUUUGUGGAGUAGGUGGUUCAUAUGGCAAGUACACCCUAACAGAGAACACCAGCAAUAUCACCAGCCUCUGCUGGAUUCCCACUGCAGCUGUGAGGUACAUAACAGUAAAUGGUUACCUGGGGCUGGUGCUGCUCUUCAAUAUAGCUAUCCUAGCAGUGACAGUGGUGAAGAUGCGGCAGCUGAGACUACGGACUGUGCAGGCUGGGAGAAAAGUAAGAAGAUUUUGGAAAGACUGGGCCAACUUGCUGGGGCUCAGUUGUGUUUUGGGGCUCCCCUGGGGGCUAGCAUUCACCACAAAGGGAGCCAUUAGCCUACCAGGAAUUUACAUCUUCACAAUACUUAAUGCCUUUCAAGGUGUCUUGAUGGUUCUGUGGUUUUGGUCUAUCACAUGCAAGUCCAAUCAUGAGGAGCAAAGCUCAAAGGACAUCUCCCUGAGCAACAUCAGAUCAUGAUACUGGAACUUAAGCACAAUGCAAAAUACGCUGGACUGAAUGGCUGCGUAUCGGACUGCUUGUUCAUGACAUGGUCCUCCUGGGUUUUAUAUGGCGUUUAUAUUGUUACCAGAACAAACACUUGCAUCUCCAAAUUGCUAACUUUACCGUAGAAGGAAUAGACCUACUGUACUUUUAAUGUAAGUCGAUGGAACCAGACUUUUUUCCAAGUAAUUUUGGGCCACUUCUUCUGGUUCAUUUGUCAUGAAAUUUCCGUAAAAUGUA